UUAAUCUGUUAAUAAGGUUAAUUGAUUUUGGUUUUGCCUUCUACUUUUAUUCUAAUAAAUGAUUCUACAUAAAUAGUAAUAUAUUCGAAAAAGAAACGAGAAAAGAAGGGAUGUUAUGUUAUUGAUACAUGAUUGGAUAGGGCAUUGGAGUCAUAUAUAGUAGUUAUAUACUACUUUUGUCAAGUUUUCAGUCUUUUGAACUCUUCGUUAUGGGGAAAAAUCUAGGAGAGUUUAUUCAGUAAUAUAAGAUAUCGAAAUCUAUAUGGAUUUAUUAUACUCAUGCUACGUUCAUUAAAUCUAUAUAUAUUAUCACUUUUACAGUUACUAACAUUCAAUACGAUUUUAUCCAAUUUUAUCCUCUGAGCGUCUUUGAGUAUGCUUGUCAAUAUUUUAGAAUAAGUACAUACCAACAUGUGUUUAUUUCGAAGGAAUACGUCUAAAUGUAUCUUUAAUAGAUACUAAUAAUUUCUCUUCUUUAUUGAAAUAAAUAUGCAAUCGUUAUGAUUAAAAUUAAAUUGAAUUAAAUUGAUAAUUAAUUAAACACUUGAGGUAAUAUUUUAAAAAUAAUUGUGUACACAAGAUUUAUGAAGAAAAGGAUACGAUGUCAGGAUUGUACGAACAAAUCAAACUUUUAUACAAUCAGUCGUUAUAUUCCAAUGUUAUUUCUCUUGCAAAUCUGGUUUUAUCCCUUAGUGAACAUAAUUCUGAACUUUUGCCAGUGCACGGGAAGUUUCAUGUUUACGUGUAUUAUGCAGAUGCCCACUUUUAUUUAGGAAAAUAUAGAAAAGCAGAAGCAUUAUACAAAAAAGCAUUACAAUUUCGGAAGUGCCUUUUGAAGUCUAAAUGUGCUAACAAACCAUUACAAGAUGGUCAAAAAGAUUUACCAUCGGAUAUAGACAUAAAAUUUCAAAUUCACUUAUGUUUAAUCAAGUUAAAAAAUUCACAGGAAGCGCUUCAAGUUCUUCAAAGUAUUCCUGGUAAACAAAGAACUGCCAAGAUUAAUAUGGCAUUAGCAAAAAUGUUUCAUGAACAAGGAAUGGAACGAUCUGCUAUUACCACGUAUAAAGAAGUAUUAAGAGAAUGUCCUUUAGCCUUGGAAGCUGCUGAAGGACUAUUAUCUUUGGGAAUAAAAGGAAUAGAAGUUAAUUCUCUUAUAGUUGGAUGUGCAGCAAAUUUAUCUAAUUUAGAUUGGUUAAAUACUUGGAUUAAAGCACAUGCUCAAAUUCAUAAUAGAGAAUAUACUCAUGCUGUUGUGACACUGAGAUCUUUAGAUACUAUUAAUUUACUAAGAGAUAAUUUUAAUUUAUUAACAACUAUGGGUGAAUGUUAUUAUUAUGCAGGUGACGAUAAAAAUGCUCUGUUAUGUUUACGAAGAGCUAGGCUUAUUGAACCAGAUGUAAUGACAGGUGUUGACAUUUAUGCUGCUGUUUUAUAUAAAACACAUCACAUAAAAGAGUUAGAAAGGCUGAUUUCUGUGAUAACUACAAAUAGUGAAAAUAUAGGUGAAAUAUAUGUAGCCAUGGCUUAUUCUUUAUAUGCAUCAAAAAAAUAUAAUAGAGCUAACACAUUAACAGCGCAAGCAUUAAAUUUAAAUCCAAAUGAUAUUGAAGCAACAAUCUUAAGAGGAAAUAUUCUUAUCGAACAAAAAAAAUAUCAAGAUGCAUUAUUUUUCUUUAGACAUGCUGUACAAUUAAAACCAUAUCGUUAUGAACCACACAAAGGCUUGAUUGAUUGUCUAGUCGGUAUGCAUAGAUUAAGAGAAGCCUUAAAUAUUGCAAGUGGUUCUUGUAAACAGCUUGGCCAUACUCCUAGAGUAUUGACACUAUAUGCUUCUGUACUAAUGAAAGAUCCUGUAUCAGUUGGAAAAGCUAAAAAUCUUUUGGAAAAAGCAUUAUCGCAAGAUGAAGUUUAUUUACCAACUGUAUACUUGUUAGCUGAAAUAUAUGAACAAGAAAUGAACUUAGAAGCUGCAAUCGAAUUACUUGAAAGACAAGUUGAAAUACAACCUACUUGUAAGCUGCAUCAAAUGUUAGGUGAUCUCUGGGCAAGGGUACAUAAUGAAGAGAAAGCUUUAGAUCAAUAUGCUAUUGCUUUAAAUUUGGAUCCAAGUAAUAGAAGAGCAUUGGAAGGAAUGCAUAGACUUGAUAACACUUCAAGUAAAUUAGAUUCAACAUAUUAUAUGACUGUAGGAGAAGAACAAGCAGAUACGACUUAUGAUGUUGGAGAUGGUUUACCAGAUACCGAUAUUGAUGAAGCACCUGAUGAAAGUGAAACUGAAGCUGUUUGGUCUGAUAUGGAUCUUGAGGCUAAUAGCCAAUAGUAACAGUACAAUUAAACCGUGCUAAAUGGUCAAAUUUCUAUGUAUAAUAAUUAUGUAAAACACUAUAGAUCUAUUAAUACUUUUAAAUAAUGAGAAUUUUCAUCAUAUAAUAUUCUAUACUAUUCCGUAUUUAUUAUAGAACAAAUUAAAAUUAAGAAAUAGAUUUUUUUUUUAAAUUAGAUUCUCUAUCUAUUUGGAAAUGUUAUUUAGAUGAUACCUUGUAUUUAGAAAACAGUAUAAUUAAAUUUAUUAACAAUUACUAAAUAUAAUUUCGCAAUCUAUAAUA